AUGCGUCAUCUGAGUCUGCAGGCGCCAGCCUUCCCCUCCCCUGACACCGCUCCAAACCAGCCCCACCCUCCCUGCCGCGGCUGUCAGGUCCUGGGCUGUGCCCGAAGCCUCCACACGGGUGUGGCCCGCGCCCUCGUUAAGGCCUGCCCCUCUCCCCAAGGUGCGCGGUGUAAACACACCAAAAAGCAAACACCAGGGCCGAGUGGGCGACGGAGGCGGUCGCCGUUCAGUGACGCCCCCUGUCGGGAGCACGCCGGGCCGGACACAGCGAAGAGGGGCUGCGCCUCGGACCUCGCAGCACUCAGUCUCCUAAGUGGGAGGAAUAACCUCACGCAAGUCAUCAAACAAGAGGACUUCAGUGUUGCAACGAAGGAAGAAAAAGGGCCCCUGAAAAGGCGACAUUCGCACUGCAGCGGCGCAGGGACCAGCCAGGCGGCUGAGGGCAAGGUCGUUUCCAGCAGCGGGAACCGCAAGGGCAAAGGCUCGGAGGGGGGAAUGGGCUCGAGUUCCAAGACGGCUGAAGCCAGCGCAAGUCGAGGAGGGACUGCAGGGCCGGCAGGGGUGUCCACAGGGCGACGGCGGCAGAAGCUCGGGAACCGGAACUGAGAGCGGGAUUGGCGAACUCGUCUGUGGAGGCGGGAACUGAGGGGCAGGAACCCCCAGGGAUU